AGCUUAAACCCACAAUAAAAGAAAAGUCUCUUGUACAACAAUAAAAAAACUAUGGUCAAAGAUACAAUCUAUUAUGAUAUUCUUGGGGUUGAACCAACCGCCACAGACUUAGAAUUGAAGAAAGCUUACCGUAAAAAGGCAAUUAAACUUCAUCCAGAUAAGAAUGCAAAUGAUCCAGACGCUGCAUCUAAGUUCCAAGAACUUGGUGAAGCAUACGGAAUUUUACAAAAUGCAGACUCUAGAGCCUUCUACGAUGAUGUCGGUGUAGAAGGAAUGAAAAAGGAAAAUGCCAAUGGAGAAGCUGCCAAUGUAGAUCCUGCUGAAUUUUUUGCACAAAUCUUUGGUGGAGAAGCAUUCAAAGAUUGGAUUGGAGAGUUGAGUAUGUUAAAUGAAGUAUCUAAAACCGCAGAUAUCUUGGGGGAUGAAUCAGAGGUAGAUCCUGUGGCUGCCACUACAGGAGAAGUUGAUGGUGAAACAAAGCCUACGGAUACCGCCGCCACCAAUUCUGAAAUUAUUACUAGUGAGAAAAAAAAUGAAAAUGGUGAAGUUACUCAAAAUGAUUUCCGUUCUGAUAUGGCUGAAGCUAAAAAGAAGACAAAGAAAAUGUCUCUGCAACAACGUGAAGAAAUUUUAAAGCUUCAUGAAGAAAAUAAAAGAAUUAAACAAGAAAGAAUUAAUACUCUUGCAACUACACUUCUUUCAAAAGUUGAAAAAUAUGAAUCAACUGUAAAAAAUAAGGAGGCAUUUGCACAAUUUAAUAGAAAUCUUUCACAAGAAUUAGAAGACUUGAAAAUUGAAAGUUUUGGUAUUGAACUUUUACAUUUAAUUGGUAAAAUUUAUGUUGAUCAAGCACAUGCUACAAUCAAUUCAUGUAAGACAUUUGGAGUUUCUAAAGUAUUUUCAUCAGUUAAAUCCAAAUCUACCACUAUUAAAAAUGGAUAUUCUAUUUUGAAGACUGCACUUGGAGCACAAGCAAUGGUGGAAGAAAUGGUUCGUGAACAAGAAGUAUUAGAAGCACAAGCAGCUGCAGGAGUAGAAUUAACCGUGGAAGAGCGUGCAAGACAAGCAGAAAUGGAAAGAUUGAUUACUGGGAAGUUCUUGGCAACUGCAUGGGCAUCUACCAAAUUUGAAGUUACCGGUGUUCUUAAUAAAGUUUGUGAUAAAAUAUUAAAUGAUAAACUGUUAAAUAAAAAGGAAAGAUUGGCAAGAUCUCAAGCUAUCAAGUACUUGGGUGAAACUAUGCAACAAGUUGAAAGAUCACCAGAAGAAGAUGAAGAAGCCAGAAUAUUUGAAGAAAUGAUGGCUGAAGCAAAUGCUAAGAAAUCUAGAAAGAGUAAGAAAAAGGCAGCAGCAGCAUCAUCAAAUGAGAAGGUUAUCAGUGAAAAGGAAAUUGAAGAAUUGUUAAGAAAAGUUGCAGAACAAGAAGAUAGAGAAGCCGCCAAAUAGUAAUUAUUUAUUUUAUAUAUGCAAUUGGACAUUAAUGACUAAUUUUUUUUUUUUUU